AUGACAUCGAGCAGCAAAUCGCCCUACGACAAGUACAUAGUUUGGCCGCUUCCUGACAUCUCAAGGACUACGACGAACCGCUUGCCUCAGAUGGCCUCGGACAACUCUUUCAAGCGCUCGAACCUCUUUGAAAAUGUAUGUUCAAAUGCGACUGAUGACACAGAUGCGCACGCUUCCAAGAAGCAGCGCAUAACAGCUGCAGAGCCAAACUGGCAGGAGCAGUUGCAGUCCGCCGCACAUGGUCGACUUCAGAAGUACCAGCAAAUCGGUGUGCAAGAUGAUUCUGCAGAUGAACGAAUGGGUGGAGACAAUGAUUCGGUUGUAGACACAGCGCUGUUGCCCCAGGAACCAGCUACAGUUGAAGAAAAUCGAAUGCGACUGCCACUUCGGUCGACUGCUGCUUCUCUUAGCAGCGAUACGUAUCGCAUGACGCAUGUCGCAAACCCUGCUCCCAACCAGUUCGACCGCGCGACAACGUCUGCACGUGGUCAGAUGGCGCCACCCGCGCUCCCUGCGCCUUCUCAGGAUGCCUCAAGUACUCCAACGGACAGAGUCAUACUAAUUACACCCAACGUCGUCAAGAAGCCAGCUGUGUUCAACAGUUACGAGCACGACUUCCAAGCUCUCACACAAGGCUAUACCGAUGAGCUAAAUUUCACGGCCGUCGAGAUUAUUGUAUUCCUACCGUGGCUCUUCACCAAUAGUUCAAUCGCACGACGCUUCGUCAACAAUGGCAUGGAUAACAAAACACACGCCGAAAUCAUCGAGCAUCAUCGCGUCCAUACGCUGGAGACCACCGAGAUUGCAAAGGGAUACCUCGAUGCCCUGCGGCCUGCAAAUUGGCAGCACAUGAACAGGGAUCGUCUUCGAACACUUUGGAACCGGAAAAACCAAAGGACUCCGGAUGGCUGGAAUGCGACAAAUAUCGCAAUGAACGGAUUCGUACCUGAUCGCAUCGCGAAAGAAGGUUUCCACGCAUCGGCACCGGCAAGCGUGCCAUUCCGCAAUCUCGUGCAGGGGGUGAAGAAACUGCCAACGGGUAACGACGCCGCAGACCUUACCCGCGCAAUUGAAUUUGCGAAUGGCGAUGAAGCGGAGAAGACGUUUCCUGGUCGGGACCUGCUAUUCCCAGAUGACCUAAUCGACAUCUUCAAGGCCAUCGGACAUGCCGUGAUUACAGAGUAUCACCGGGAUGGGAAAAUCGUGACUCGAUAUCGGAAACUCUCUAGGCAGAAAGUGAAUCACGAAGAAAGCGCUACGCCUGGGAGCAAGGGUAAGGGCAGGUUCGGCAAUGAUUCGUCGGCUUCAGGUUCACGACAGAAAUUCAACCACUUUAUCCCAGUUGAGUUUUCUUCUCCGCUGCCGGAAUCUUCCCGUCAAGUCUCGCCUCAGAAGCCAGGGAUAACUCAUUCGCCCUGGUUGUCUGGCCAUGAUACAAAUGCUUCACGCGAUGCCGCUCAACUCAAGCCUUUCGUCAAGCCUGUUUCGCCAAUGGCUCCCAAACCGCUGCCCAAACCGUUGCCCAAACCGCGCGAGCCCGAACGACCAAAUACGGGCGGUUCUUUGCUUCGUAGCGUGGAUAUGCACUCCCUCUCUGACGUCUCCUCCUCUAUCGAUAUGUCCCAUAUUGUAUCCGCGAUUGAGUAUGCCCGUCGACCGGACCAGAAAGACAUCGCCUGGCAUGCAAAUCCAGAGCAUUUUGCACGCAUCAACCGCAUCUUGGAAGAUGAGCUAGGUUCUGCGAUGACUCCCCCUGAUGAGCAAGUUGCUUGGGAACAACACUGGGAGCAGGUCGAGGGUGAGCGGCAGCGCACGAUGGAUGAUGCUAUCACCGCUUUGCAGCAAAAGUAUGGGACUAGUCCCCUUCAACGGGCAUCAUUCACCGCCGAUGACUACGAAGAUCUCUUUGGCGAGCCUGCGCCGAAGGAGAUGAUGGAUUUACGCAAGUCCAACGAGCGAGUUGAUGACAAUCCCACAACCAGUUCCUCCAUGGCGCUCGAAUCCGAUCGUCCAGAUGAGCUGUUGUAG